AGCGCGCCCUCUGCGCAUGUGCGGGACGGGCGGGGCGCGGAGUGCCGAUGACUGUCCGGAGCGCGUGUGCCGGAAGUGUGGCAGGGCUGCCGGCGGAAGCGGCGCGGCGGAGGACCGGAAGUGUGGCGGGGCUGCCGGCGGAAGCGGCAGAGGACCGGAAGUGUGGCAGGGCCGAAGGAGGAGGCGGUGCAUCGGUAGGCGGAAGCCGGCUCCACGUGGGGAGAAUGUCGGCUUCCCUGCUGAGGAAGGGGCUGGAGCUGCUGGAGACGGAGACGGCGGCGGGGCACCAGCCCGGGCUCAGCGGCCCCCAGCAGCGGCCGCGCACAGCCCCGAAGAGGAGGAAGGCGGCUCGGGGGCCUGGCAGGGGCAAGACCACGGUCAAGGGCAAAGUCACCAAGUCGGCGAUAGAGGAGUAUCGGAAGCACCAGGCUGUGGAUCACUUGAAGAAGAACUUGCAGUACAUGACAAAGGGCCGAUUCACUGCGGACAAAACCAUCACGCAGCAGGUUCUCGACCAGAAUAGGGGCAGGAAAUCUAGAGACCGCCCCCCAAAGAAGCCAAAGAAGAAAUCUAAAGGCACUGUCUUCACGGAGGAAGACUUCCAGAAGUUUGAGAGAGAAUACUUUGGGCGAGCUGGAGCAGUGUGAUGAGAACUCUUGCAGCUCCAGGCUUUCCAAAACUGAGUGUUCAGAGCAUGGGACUGACCGUGUCCUCCUGUUUGGGAUGGGAGACCAGGGGAGUGGGAUGAUACCUCAUGCCAGCAUAUGUUUAGAUGUCACGUCCAAUGCGAGACUUCACACACGUGUACAGAAUUUGUUAGUUACUAGCAUGGGAUGUGAUGCUGUAGACUCAAAAGCAUCCAGGGAGAUCAUGUUGUUAGGGUGCAUCAUGUUUCCUCUACUGCCCAGUUCCAGCCAGCACCUCACUCAUGUUCUCCUGGAGUAGAGCAGACUCUUCAUUCAAGCCAGAUGCAAACUCUGCUCUUCUGAGACAGGAUCCUUCUAUCCAUCUGUUCUGGAAAAGACAGCUUAAAGUGGCAGGUCUCAUUACGGGAAGCACAGGAGACUAUUUAGAGCUGAAUUGUGGAGCAGCUGGAACAAAUUAUCAGAAAAAGGAAGGAUACUCUAGGAAGGAGAAGAUGUGAGUACUAUUCAAACCUCUGUUUAGGUUAUGAUCUCCAUCAGGCAAGGACCUUCACUUUUUUCUCCUUGUGUAAUGCCAUGUAGGCUUAUGGUGCUUGAACAGUAGUCACUAUGGCAGAGAAUGUACUUGCGUACCUCUGUGGUAGAAUGAUUAUUCCAAUAGGGUGGGGUUGGCAGAGGUGAAACAGGUCAUUCAGGCACAAUUCUUUUUAGGCUGUUUUAGGGCUGUGUGAAAGGUCUCUGUGCUCCAUGUUAAUAUAUGGAUAUUUUCUACUUUCCUUCAUUGGACUGCUGAGUGGAAGUGAAAUAACCCUUCUGUACUGGACUCCUCCGAGCCUUCCCUCCCACAAAUCUCCUUAUACAGCUGGUAGUUUACACUCAAGCCCAUUAAAUCAGGGUACUAAACACAUGGGGGUAGUGUUGCUGCAUAGUACAGCUGGCCCUAGUAUUAACCCACAUAUCAGCUCCUCUGUCCCAAACCUGCUAGGUGUGGCUAUCUGUCACUUCCCCUGAGAAUACCCACCCCUCCCUGCCUUGCAAACACCAGCUGGUGAAGGUGAAGGCAGUAUACUGUUGAGAACUUUUGGCUGGUGAUUGUGAUGCUGGGUCAAGGGAGGCAAUUCUCUCCUACCCAAAAACUAAUGCUAAAUGCUUUGGAUGUUGUAACAUGUAGUUUGGCCAGCAGGUGGGGAAGUUGUCCAUUGUGCUACCCCUAUACAAUGUGUUUCUAGAGGGUUGGUGGCUACUUCGCCAUCCGUUAUACUCCCCAGAAAGUAGGACCUUUGUUCUCCACUUGAAAACAAAGGGGUAAAAAGAAUGAGUGCCCCCUCUCCUCCCUCCCCCUCAAAAAAAGUAGCCCAAAUAUGAAUUAUGUGAAUCAUUGCCUCUGUGUAAAAUAGGCUGGCUGAGCUUCAAUGUCGAGCAGCCCUGUACACUCUCUUCCUUUCAUUCUCAUUGCAAUCGCCAAAUUUGUUCCUGUUGCUCCUCUUUCCUCACUGGUGUGUUCUACCACUGUUAAGGAAAAGUUAGCACAUGUGACUCCAUUUUGGUUUGGGGCCCACCAUUGUUUAAAUGCCAGCACAUCAUACACCAGGAGGAGUGAUCCUUAGAUACUGAAUCCCUGUGAAAAUCCUCCUCCUUGUCUCCAACCUGCCUUGACUCCCAGUAUCUGGUUUUUGUCAGUCUCUAACUCCCUGUCUCUUGGCCUUGAUGUGAGGCCUCCCAUCCUGAUAGUAAAGGUUACUGAUGCAUGGCUUUAGGACCAUGCUGUGUAAUUAACAUACUGGUAUAGCACGAGGAAUGCACCAAGCAGGGAUAGGUGGUAGAUAAGACAAGGGUUUGUUUAUUGGCUAAGGUUUCCGAUGCACAAGGGCAACAUGCUUUGCUAAAAAGUAUAUAACCUUUGUAUAAUCUGUAUUCAGGGUCCCCUCCUGGCUAGCAGGGGGGCACCACGCUCGAGCGUAAUAAACUUAGUGUCUUUUGGGAACUCUGCAGUUGUGGACUUUGUUUAUGUGCCUCAGCCUAGAUUCGAACUGUGCGUGUCCUACCAGGUGUAAUUCGUAGCAUUUGUGUGCGUGUCCUACCAGGUGUAAUUCGCAGCAGGUGUGUGUGUGUCCUCUCAGGUGUAAUUCAUAACACCACCCACUUACCUGCAAUACACAGUGACCAGAUGGAGAGUGGGGGAGGAUUUCUCAGAAAUGCAAGGUUUGGGAAGCCAAGAUAUUAUUGAAACAGGAAGCUGUAGUGACCAAAUACAGCUAAUUCUGGGAAUUAGUGUUCCUUAUUGUACAUGUUGCUUGGAACUUCUUGCGUAAGAGGAUGGAAAGGGGAUUUCUCAGUUACUCAUUUCUCUCUUCUGCAGACACACUAGAGCAGUGCAAAGACCAGUUCCCUUCUUUUGUACGUGUUCUUGGUGCAAAAACAGAAAAAUGUAUAUGGCAAUGAGUAGCUUUUCCUGGUUUUUUUAACUGUACUUUGAAUUUGUUUCCAGUUGGCUAGAGUACGUUUAGAGAGCCAUUUUUAAUUUGCCAUCUUGUUUAAAAUAAAGGUAUCAUACAUAC